AAUGGACCCACCCCUCACACCGCCUGUCCGCAUUCAGCCAGUGUCGUCGACAAUUAUUACCACGAAGGAUGCGCAGAAGCAGCUGGAGAGGUUUCUGGAGGACUUUCAGGCGAGGAGCACCUCUGCCCAAGGAGGAAACAGCGCAGUAACGCGUAUCGCGCUCCGUCGCUCGACUUUACCCUCGGGCUCUCCAGCAGCACUACCUCAGUCACCGCAUUUCCGUCGCUCAACUCGCACUCCUGCCACCUUCAUACAGUUCACCAAGUCGAACCGGAAGGACACCCAACCAGACAGCUCGACCUCGCUCGAAGGAGUCUUCACCAAGCCUCCUUCCCUGGGUCGUCCGGGCUUUCAGCGCCUGCUUGAUGGCAGCGCCGAGCGGGGACAACCCGCCUCUGGCGCGCCGUCGUCUGCACCUCAUGGGUCCAGCUAUACGGCCGGAGGAGGGAAAUCGUGGAACCGAACCGGAGGGGUAGCAAGCACUGCGAAUCGUUCCGGUGUCGACGUGAAUGCCAAAGAUUGGCUUGGGAGGACGCCCCUUCACCUCUCCUGCACCUCACUGGAGAGCAUCGAGUACACCCGCGCGCUCCUGAAGCAUCCGCAAAUCGACGUCAACCUUCCAGACGUGGAGAGUCAUUGGACACCGUUGCAUAGGGCCCUCUACUCCGCGAAUCUUCCAGCCGGCUUGCUGCUCUUGCAACGUUCAGACAUCGACGGGUCGUUGAAAGACUACGAGGGAUAUACAUCCUUCGAUUUGUACAAUUCUACAGUUGAUGGAACAAAGCCUGAGCCAGCGGCGAUGAACGCGGAGCUGUUUACCUGGGGUGCAAAUCGCAAUGCAGCUCUCGGGGUCGGAGACGGCGACGACAGGACUUUUCCUGACCGUGUCAAUAUCAAGUCUAAAGACAAGGAAGACCCAGAAACCUUGAGCAAGAUGAGGAUAUCAGCCAGGUUCUCUCUAAUCCACGUGCGGCAGAUACAAAUGUCCAAACUCCACACUGCGGUCGUUACAACAGAGAGCGAGGGGAAUCUGCGGCUUUGUGGGUUUGGAAGCGGUGGGCGACUUGGCUCGGGCCAGCAUACUCAAUAUAGCCUCAAGCCGCUUCCUUCCUUCAACCUCUCCGUCGUCCGUGUCGCUCUGGGACAAGACCACACGUUGGCCCUUACGAAGUCGGGCGAGGUAUACUCUUGGGGUCUCAACCGUUUCUCGCAACUGGGAUACGCCGUCGAAAACACAACGACUGGACGCCAUGAAGAACCCAUCCAAAGUGUUCCGAAGAGGGUUGUGGGUUUGCUGAGGAGAGAAGUCGUCCGUGGCGUUGCUGCAAGCAAGAAUGCUUCUGCUUGUUGGACGAACGAAACGGUCUUUACAUGGGGCACUAAUACCGGACAAUUGGGUUACGACAAGAAUGCACAACCUGUCCAAGUUCUUCCUAGACCCGUUACCAAAUUCACUGGCCCCGUCGUCGAACUUGCCAUGAGGGACACCGUUCUCGUGGCCCUGCUUGCUACUCGCAAUGUUGGCUUCUCAUUGCAAGCAUUCCCGACUGGCAUUCAACCUUACCGACCGCCGCAGUCCGUCAAUGAUUCGCGCAUUUCCAAGAUCACCUGCUGCGAUGACACCUUCGCUGCUCUUUCGUCCAGCGGCGAAGUGUUCACAUUCGCAGCACCGGCCUCCGCGGAUACGUCUGCUAGCGAGGGAAGAGGUCCGAUUUUCAAGCCACAGAGAGUCUGGGCCUUGAAGAAGAAGUUCAGCGCAGUCAAGGACAUCGCUCUUGGAUCCGACGGGUCGAUCAUCAUCUGCACUGAAUCCGGACAUGUGUUCGUCCGAACAAGAAACACGAAAAGUCCAUCUGGAAAAGCAUUCAAGUUCGAGCGAGUUCCGUACUUGCAGCGUGUGACCCAGGUCUGCGCGAACAGCACUGGAGCAUUUGGUGCUCUGCGGAUCGAUUAUGCGCCUAAUGCCAUCCAAGUGACUGGCAAGACAAUUGCGCAAGACCUGAAGACGGUGCAACCUUAUCUCAAAUUCUACCAGGCUCCAGAUGAAAGCGACUCAGAGAACGGCAAAUUAGCCCGACCACAUUCAAAUUCAAUUGGGCGGAGACCUCGUAGUGCCACACUCGCUUCCUCUUUCCAUUUCGACGACGAACCAGAAGAUGAAACUAUCGAAGAUGACAUCGACCGCCUCCUCGAACUGUGCGACGUCCUCGCUGUCGAACAGCGAAUGCGAAAGGGGGGUGGUGGUAGCAUCAACUACGAUGGUGUUUUUCUCUCACAUGGUGCCGACACGAUGAUCCACGUCCACUCUGGUGCUGCUUUUCCUGCCCACAGGGCCAUCCUCGCCGCCCGUUCGCAAGCUCUCGAGGCACUCUUAUCCGGCUCGGGAGCAUUUGUCGACCAGAAGUCGAGCAUAUCCCUCAGGCUCAUGCCAGCGAAGCCUGGGCCGGGGUUAGGUGUAUUCAAGCUGACUCGACUGUCAAUUUCGAGAUGCCAUCCGCUCGCGGUGCUUAUCUUCCUAAGUUAUCUAUACUCCGAUACGCUGGUCGCUGUGUGGGACAGGAGGGUAGCCGUAUCUGUUGAGAAGGAGCUGGCAGCGUCGAAUGCCAGCCCGGCUCAAAUCAAGGCAGAUCUGCAGGCACUGGCGAGGGUUUUGGAGUUACCUCUACUGGUCGCAGCUUUGGAACCCCCAGUAAAGCGCGAGCCAGCGCCGUCGAUGGCCCAGGACAUGCAACGUCUAUUCGACGCCGUUCAGAAGGGUUCUCUAUCCAAGUCGUCGCCUCUUGCUCCCGAUGUUGUUCUUCAGCUCGCCGACAAGGAUGUUUGCACGCAUUCCGUCAUCCUGCGUGCAAGAACCCCGCUUUUCGCUAGCUUUUUCGAUUUAGAGGACUGGACGAUCAAGAGAUGGGCAGCCGAUGGCUCGAUUCGGAUCGAUUUGAAGCAUCUGACGUGGCGCGUCAUGAAGUUUGUGCUGGGGUUCAUGUGUUGUGGGCAGGACGCGGAGAUGUUCCAUGUGCUAGACUUUAUCCACUCUGUUGACGAACUUCUCCGAUUUAUGUUUGAUGUCCUCGCCGGAGCGAACGAACUUCUUCUGGACCGUCUAGUUCUCCUGUGCUCGUCAGAGAUUCUGGCACACAUCAACGUCCACAACGCUUGCUUCGUUCUCGCAGAAGCGACCUACUAUCACGCCCAAUCUCUCGUUGAGAAACUUCAAGAGUACAUCUCGAUCAAUAUGGAGACCUUCCUUGAAGGGCGUAUCCUGGAUGAGAUCCCAUACGCACUCGUCAAACAACUCGCAAAGUUUACACGGUUGCGUCAGACGAAGAAAUCACCGUUCGCGAGAUCGGAUGAGUUUCUGAAUGAGAUGAUGAAGAAGCACGCUGAUUGGCUGAAAUUGCAAGACUUUCCGGAGACGAUCGUCCAAUUGGUCAGCAAAGGGCCUUUGAAGAAAGAUAGCUCUUUGACGAAGAUAUCUCCAACACUUUCUACCAAACAGUCUGUUCCGAAGAUGUCACCAACGAACUCGCCACAGGUUGCCUUUCAUUCUCCUGGCCUGUCAUCGAUGCCUGAUCCUUCUGGUGAUGACGUCUUCAUUAUGGACGAGCCUGACCACCCUCUAACUUCUGCUUGUCUGGAGGCGACGGUUUCACCCUCCGUCGUUAUUCCUCCACGCCCUGUAUGGAAAGCGCAUGGUGUCCCAAGGGUUGACAUGAAGACUGUCAUGGCCGAAGCUGCCAUACAGCAGGCAUCUUCAUCCCGACCGUUGCCCGCCCCGAACAUUCAAACCUCUCCGCGAGCAAUAGCCACCACGACAGGCCCCUCUAUGUCAGCGACAGGAAUAUCAGGCUCUCCGUCAACGAAACCUCCUGUCAAGACCGGAGCGUCUGCUCCUUGGAGGAUACCUGCAAACUCUACAGCUGCAGGUGGCACGGCCGCCACACCACCCCGCCCGUCGAAUACGCUGUCGGCCCCCAGCCUUCCAAGCACAAGCGGUCGAUCUCCAGCAUCAAGCUCUCCAACUGGCGGUCGACUUCAGCCGCCUGGAACGCCAACUCGUGCAUCAGCACCAGGGCUUGGACCAGUUAUUACUCCUACUCGACAGGCACCAGCAAAGACCGGUACUUCCGACAAUCGAGUUCCGAGUAACUGGACAAAAUCAUGGGUCUUCCCACCCCUUCAAACAGCAGCUGCCCCAUCGCCGCAGCCGACAGGGAUGUCCUUCAUUGCCAUUCAACACUCGCAACGCGAGCAAGCCGCACCUGUCAAGGAUAAACGGUCCCUCCGAGAGAUCCAAGAAGAGGAACAGUCCCUACAACUUGAAGCGGACUUCCUCAAGUGGUGGACAGCUGAAGAAGAGCGGGUUCAGCAAGAAGCUUUGGCUUUGGCACAAUUCCAAACUAAUAUGGGCAAGCAAACACCUAGCAAGCCCCGGCCAUCCAAACAAAAAUCAACUACUAGCAAGGACAGGGAGAAAAGCGAGUCUACUCCUGGUAAUAUUCCAAGGGUGGCAACUGCCCAGAAUUCAGACAAAUCAGGCCAACAAAUACCACCUAGACGAAGGCCAAAAAAAGCAGGCCAGAAGAACACUGCGGACUCAUA